UUUACAUGCUUGUUUUGCUUCUACGGGUUGCGCUGCGUUAUAACCACCAGCUGCUGCAGGCUCGGUUCACAGUGACAUUGGAGACGCAGCCGAGCGGAUUGUAAAGAGACUGGAGAGCCAGCCACCCUGCUUUCUAACGGGGUACAGCUCCCGGAGAGAUUUCAUCAGCGAGGCUCCAGAUCCACUGAUCUGCCCCAUCGGUGAAGCCCCCCAACCCCUCGCCCCUCCUCCCCACCCCCCUCACAAUUCAGCCAGCCAUGGCAGGCCGCGCAGCUUCCCGGCCCAAUGGCCAGUCUCAGGCUACUAAGAUCUGCCAGUUCAAACUGGUGCUGCUGGGAGAGUCGGCCGUGGGCAAGUCCAGCCUGGUGCUGCGGUUCGUGAAGGGGCAGUUCCACGAGUACCAGGAGAGCACCAUCGGGGCCGCGUUCCUGACUCAGUCGGUGUGUCUGGAUGAUACCACAGUGAAGUUUGAGAUCUGGGACACGGCAGGCCAGGAGAGAUACCACAGCCUGGCACCAAUGUACUACCGCGGGGCUCAGGCUGCCAUCGUGGUGUUCGACAUCACCAACCAGGAAACGUUUGCACGAGCAAAGACUUGGGUGAAAGAGCUGCAGAGACAAGCCAGCCCCAGCAUUGUGAUCGCACUGUCUGGAAACAAGGCGGACCUGUCCAGCAAGAGGGCAGUGGAAUAUGAGGAAGCACAAGCCUAUGCUGAUGACAACAGUCUGCUCUUCAUGGAAACAUCAGCCAAGACUGCCAUGAACGUCAACGACCUCUUCCUGGCAAUAGGUGAGACACCAGCACCAAUCCACUCUUACUACUGA